UAUUAGUAGUUAGUGCGCAUCGUUCGGGUCGUGCGAACUUAUCCUGGUCGCGAAUUUGUCGCCCGCUUUGCCAGUCACAAACAAAAGUUCUUCAAAAUCUCAAAAAAAAUGUGAAGGUACGAUCGAUUCAACAUUAUAAGAGUGGAGAGUGAACAUUUUUACAUAAUUUUAAUUAUACUGUUUCAUAAUAUUCGAGAAUGUUUUGAUUUUAAUAGUGAAUUUCGGAAAAUAAUGUGCGCAAUUUAUUUUUUUAAAGUGAAAUGGAAUGGGAUCCACGUUUUGUGAACGUCACUUUUCGGACAACCUCGAGGGAGCUCUUCGAUGACCAGAACGAUCAUCCUCAGCUAUCACUAGAACCCACCCUCGAACUAGGAAUGGCUAAGAACGCAGGAGAAAGCAGGAUCCCGAUUCCUCGGGCAGUUCGACCAUCUUUUCUGCCAAAGGUGAGGACGAGCAAACUAUCUUCAGGGCACAGACGAUCUACAGUUAUUUCGGGAUACCCAGCACAAUUUCCGGAUUACGAAGAAGAAGGAUUGACACCAAAGUUAAAAACUAUCAAACGAGCCGCUUGCUCCACACCUUCACGAGAAGGAAGUUUAGAUGCAUCGUAUAAGAUUCCCUGUGCCUGGGGUGCAGAAAAUAAUGAUGACGUCCGUCUCAGUAAUGAAAAGCUGGAUUUUCAUAGCUUGGUUGAGGAUCCGCAGUUGAGCAGACUUGAUGACGGCGACGAGAACCUCGGAGCUUUUGGCGAUGCCACGGCGGCGACAGUUCCUCACUAUUUGAUGCUCCACAAGCAAAACUCAUUCGAGCACGACGAGAGCCUAGGAAUUUUAACGCCGGAUCAAAUGCCCGACUUCACAGUAGCACUGGGAUCUUCGAGAACGCCAUCCUGUGAGAACCUCACAGGAUCUGGAGGACCUGGAAAGCUGAUGCGACUCUCCAUCUCGAGACCUUCCGAGGUGCCCAUUUCUUCAGUUGCUGCUGAGCUGACUGCCGGAUCAGCAGAAAGAAGUCCCUCGCCAGAAGAACUUCCUCUAGAUCCCAAACCUGCGGAACCAGCAAGGUCGGUGCUUCCAGUCAGCUUCGUGACUUCCGUAACCAGUAUCACGAGCCUCGAGGCAGGUUACCAGGGUGAUGGGGAAAAUUCGAGACCAGCUAGUCGAGGACCAGAACCUCCGUUGGUCGUAGCACCUUCAAAUCUUAUUGCCGGACCUUGUAGGCAAGAUCCAAUGACUGAUUCGGAUUUCUUCACUGAAAGUGACGCUGAUGCUCACGAGGAAAUCAUCAGAGGAGACAGAAAAGCACAAGUGAUCGAUGGAACCUUGUUUUGCGCACCUGGGGGAAGGAGAUGUCCUAGCUUCAUGGGAGAAGAAAUGGACUCGAGUGGUAUUUACUCUGAUCUUGAUAAGAGACAAGACGAUCACCCUAAUCGCGAGGAAGCCUUUAGUGAUGAUCGAACUCCUGAUACUGCGGAUACCGAGAUCUCGCAGAAAAGUCAGCUUUCCCCUAAUCUGAAGCCUGAACCUGCUCAGAUGAUAAUGAAUUACAUGCAGGAAUCGCCAAAGAACGGAUUGGAACUGAGCAACGAAUCCAACGAAUCAGGAACACCGAUGGAAGUGACGGCCAUCGAAGUUGAAAGAUCUAGAAACCGUCAGGCUGAAAGUGAGGAUAAUCAGCAAUCGAAAACAAAUAAAAAACCCGAUUCUUCAGCGCACAUUAAGAAGUACAAGAUGCCUAAACGAAACGUUAUCUCCAAAAUUAAAGCGAUGAUCGAAUCCGGUCAAAAAGAAGAGGGUGACAAAGAAAGUAGAAGACCUCAAAGAGCCCCGAGGAAAACUGGCAAGUGGGAUGCUGUGAUGAAUAAAAUUGAAGCUGGGAAAAAUGAUCCAAGGUCGAGAGUUCUUCGAAAGGAAGUCAAGUCCAGGGUCUUCCAAAGUAUUCCCAACGCUUCUACUUCUUCCGGGCGAAGAACUUGUGGAGAUGCGAAUAAUAACGCUAGUUCCAACAAGGAUAAACGGCGAACAAGGGGUCGUCAAGAAGUUAAAUCGCCGAAUCAAGAAACAGCUCGUAGUUCGGUGCGAAGUUCCACGAGCGAUUUGAGCAGUGCAAACAGCAAAGAUGUUCCAAAGAGAUCUCCACCAACGUCCAAUCAAACCAGAAGACAGACUAAUGGCAGAAGCAAUCAGGUGGCGCGUACAAAUAGCUAUGAAGCAAAAAAGACUUGUCUUGAUCCCCCGACCACCAAUCUUGAAAAAAGUCCGUCGGCGGCAAGAAAGGCACCUAUCGUCAGAAGAGCCACAUCAAUCGUCCCCAACAAGCAAAAGAGCUCAUCUUCUAUCAAAGUUGCAGAUCGUGGACCAAAAGAAAAUGGCAAUUCGGUGACAACAGUUGUGCUGGGAACGAGGGAAAAGGCUGCCCAAACGGAUGUCGUAAUUUUUGAAAAUUUGAACUUCAAGAGAGCUGAAAACACAAUCCAGGCUCUUUCGAUUGCUAUAAAUUACCUGGCCCAUGAGCUUGACGGAUUUUCUGCACCAAGGUGGAAAAGAGAUUACGAGAUGAUGAAGACACAGUGGAUGACUGCGAGCAGAGAUGUUGAAGAUUUAAGAUCGAGGCACCUCGCUAUUGAAGAAUCGAUUGAAAAAGAUAGAAAUGAUCAUCGAAGGGCUAUCGACAGAUUGCAAGAAGAUUUGGAAGCCCAGCACGCGGAACACAUUAGAGAUUUAGAGGCAGCGAUGCGGGAAGAACGAGCCCUGUUAGAGUGUCGGCUCCAGGAGUCGACGAAGGAACAUCGUGCGGCCAUCGCCAGGUUGCAGCUUGAACAUGAAGCUGAACUGGCUCGCGUCAAAGAGGCUGAGACUGAUAACAGAAGGAUGUUUGUUCACGACCAGGGUGCAGUUUUAAUGGCUGAGGCUGACUCCUUGAGGACUGUCCUGGAUCUCAGGAGUCAGGAAAUCACCGGUUUAAGAUCAGAAAUUGACAUUUUAAGACGAGAACUGGAGGGUAAGCAAAUACUAGAGCAGCGAGUGGAGUCGCUGGAAGCGCGCUGCGAGGACCUGAAAGCCCAGCUGAAAGGCAAGGACACCUACGAGAGGCAGAUUUCUCAUGAGAACGAAGUUCUCCUCGACUCCUACCACGAGGCAUCGAAACACAACAAGCGGCUAGCUCAACGAAACGAGGAGCUUCUCUGGAGGCUGAGACAGAGAAAUGAAGUGGUCAAUGUCCUAGCCAAUCAGCUCGCGACGCCACCGCAGAGACUUUCGCGUUCCCUCGGCCCCGAGCACAUCGACCACACUCUCACCCCAGGCAAAAGCUGUCAGCAAUCUUCUUCCAUGGUUAAGUUUGUCGUCGAGAAGGGCGACUCCGUUGCCUGGACCCUCGAAAUCGACGAAUCCUCCGAGCGAACUCCUCGGCGAAAUAGCGUUUCCAGGCAGAGUUCCCUGAGGCUUUCCGCGCCCAGAGUGCCAGCGGCACUAGGUUCCGUCAGAGCGCGCUCGAAAAGCGUUUCCGUGAGCGAAUCGACACGGGAAGAAAGCACUUGGUCCCCGAACUACAAUUCGACUCCUCUUCGUCGACGGAGGCCGGGGAGCGUUUCCCCGUCGGCGAAUCCCGGAACGAUUUCGGGCACCGACGAGGAAACUAGCUCGGGCCCAAGGCCGCAGGAAGCCGGCGGCGAGGCAAUGAUCUCGGAGGAGACCUCGGCCUCCAGCAGCGAAGACGAAUCCUCAGCCAGCAGCGACAUUCCGCGGCUGGCAAUGGAUUUCUCCUGGGACAAGUCGGCCGAGUAACCUCCUCAGGAAACGAAAAACGAUUGGAUGCGUUUCAUGGUUCUCGAUGAGCUCUCUUGAAUCGGCUUUUUGAAUCCUAAUUAUCUCUUGGCUACGUUUAAGUACCGGAAAUGCCUUAAAUCAUAUUGAACAGUCCGACCCAGAGAGGAGAAAUUCCCGAUCGAAACAGAUUCACUCUUCACUUCCAUUUGUUCUUAAACAAAAAUCAUUUCUUCUAAAGUGGUGGUGAAUUCGCCCCUUCGGGAGAAAUGGAAGCGGGAGUGCAACAUCAGCUUCGGUCGGGAAUUUCUCCCCAAUAAAAGAAAAACUCACUCUAGAAUUGAAAAAAGCCAAGUCAGUGUCAGAAGCGUAGAUUGUUUCAAGGGUGCUGGAACAGGAUUUCCGGUUAUCAUGUUCCGUAUUCGAGGCUUGGGUCAUUUAAUAUAUAUGGUAUGAACCGGAAAAUCUAUAUAAGAAUUUGCGCUUACUGAUUGGCAACUGGUGAGAAAUGAAGUUCAGACCGCAUUGCCAUUCAAGAGACGAUCAUCGAAUCUGUAUUCUUCUAAGUACCGAUUCACGAGGACAAUCGUUCAACCGUUUCUUUUUUCCUGGACUCCGGGGUAAAUUGUGAUCAUCGCCGACGACCGGGCCUUUGGCGCGUCCUCUUCUCGCGACCUUUGUGCUUUUUGUUACAUUCGAGUAUUAGCAUUUUUUUUUAUGUUUUAACCACUUCAUCCUGAGGAUCGUUUAUAAAAGAUAGUUUAUUCGUGGAGCAGAAUUUUCAAGUCUUGACGAUGAUUUGGUUUCUAUUGAUGCGAUGGGUUCUUCUUAGGCUUGUUUCAAAGCUGUGAGAUUGGUAUGUUUUAAGUAUUGUCAGUUGUAUAUAAAAUAUAGUCACAAGACUUAUUAUAAGGUUUAGUUGUUUCUGUAAAACGAUGCGCGCAACGUCAGAAGUCUAUAUUAUAUCACAAUCUCUAUUUAUAUGAUUCGAUUUUGCCUCAUGUGUACAAGUAAUCGAGGACCACUGCGUGUUUUUUCUGGAACUACAUUUCUAUGUAUAAAGUUACUUUACUCGCUAUAGACUUCUUUAUUAAAUUUCACUUUAGUAUGUAAGUUAAGUAGGCGUCAUCGAGAUACAAUAAACAAUCGCUGCAAAUUA